AGGAGCCGAUGCUCCUCCUGGUUCUUUGAAAUCUCACCAGCGAAGUGGGCCGUAUCCGCCCACUCUGGCGGUGGCUCUGAGGGUAACCAGGUGAGCCCGCCGUGAAGUCCCGGCCCUGCGGCGGGCACAGCACCGCCGGAUGCACACCUGGAGCACCGGGUGGGCGCUGAGCCCCGCUCCCAGAGCCGGCGCCCUCGUUCCCGCCGGAGGCGGCCGUUCCGGAGCGUGAGUCCCGGGAAAGCGCGCCGCCCGCCUGGCACGGCCCCCUCCGGCGUGUCCUCACCUGGAGCUGCGGUCUGAGUCCGGGACGUUCCGGCCAGGGGGCGACUUCGGGGUCCCCAGCCGCGCGGGUGCUGGGAAGACCCCGACGUGCUCCGUUUUCGAGCCGGGACCCAGAACACGCCUUCACGAGCCAGCAGCCUGUGCCCUGAGCGACCCGUGGCCGCCCGGGGCAGAGACAGUAAGUGGGGGUGGGCGCGGGCCGGGGGUGACCUCGCCAAGCGUCGCCCUUCCUGGGAUCUACCGCGGCAUCACCAGCGCAACCCCUGCCCGAACAAGGAAAGAGCCCCGAGAAGAGGAGGAAGAGAGAAGGGACUUAUCCUCUUCUUGCAGGUCUCGGAGGAGCGGCUCGUGUCCCCCGGCCUGGAAUAAAGAAACCGGGACCCAGUCCGUUGGGCGCCGGGAUGCAGCAGGCUUAGGAUGGAGCUCUGAUACUGUACCCCAAGGAUGCUGGCAGGGGUACUCUGACUCAUCGAGGGAGAGCUGAAUGUCAGCAGAGAGAGGAGAUAUCAGCCUCCCAGACAUCGCCCCAGAGGAAUUCCCAGGUUGUUGCUCAAGGCACCACCUGGUCAGAUGGAGAUGACCACGGGGGUCAUGGAUGAGAAUGCCACCAUCUCCACCAACUUCCUUUCUGCACUCAACCCCCGUGGAGCCCAAGCUGCUACCUCCCCAUUCAACUUCAGCUAUGGUGACUAUGAUAUGCCCUUGGAUGAAGAUGAGGAUGUGACCAAUUCCCGGACUUUCUUUGCUGCCAAGAUUGUCAUUGGCAUGGCCCUGGUGGGCAUCAUGCUGGUCUGUGGCAUUGGUAACUUCAUCUUCAUCGCUGCCCUGGCCCGCUACAAGAAGCUGCGCAACCUCACCAACCUGCUCAUUGCCAACUUAGCCAUCUCUGAUUUCCUGGUGGCCAUUGUCUGCUGCCCCUUUGAAAUGGACUACUACGUGGUACGCCAGCUGUCCUGGGAGCAUGGCCAUGUCCUGUGUGCAUCUGUCAACUACCUGCGCACUGUCUCUCUCUACGUCUCCACCAAUGCCCUGCUGGCCAUUGCCAUCGACAGAUAUCUGGCCAUUGUCCACCCGCUGAGGCCCCGGAUGAAGUAUCAAACAGCCACUGGCUUGAUUGCCUUGGUGUGGGUGGUGUCCAUCCUCAUCGCCAUCCCUUCAGCCUACUUCACAACUGAAACGGUCCUCAUCAUUGUCAAGAGCCAGAAGAAGAUCUUCUGCGGCCAGAUUUGGCCAGUGGACCAACAGAUCUACUAUAAGUCCUACUUCCUCUUCCUCUUCGUCAUCGAGUUCGUGGGCCCGGUGGUCACCAUGACCCUGUGCUACGCCAGGAUCUCCCGGGAACUCUGGUUCAAGGCGGUUCCUGGUUUCCAGACGGAGCAGAUCCGGAAGCGGCUGCGCUGCCGCCGGAAGACGGUCCUGGUGCUCAUGUGUAUCCUCACCGCCUACGUGCUGUGCUGGGCGCCCUUCUACGGCUUCACCGUCGUGCGCGACUUCUUCCCCACCGUGUUCGUGAAGGAGAAGCACUACCUCACGGCCUUCUACGUCGUGGAGUGCAUCGCCAUGAGCAACAGCAUGAUCAACACCCUGUGCUUCGUGACCGUCAAGAACAACACCAUCAAGUACUUCAAGAGGAUCAUGCUGCUCCACUGGAAGUCCUCUUACCGUGGGAGUAAGUCCAGCGCGGACCUCGAUCUCAGAACCACCGCGGUGCCGGCCACCGAAGAGGUGGACUGCGUCAGACUAAAGUAACCCGAUGGACCUUUCAGAGUCUAAACACGGACAUGACCUUGGGUGCAGGGUCCAGGGUGUUUAGAUACACACUGUUGACCAAGAACUUUUGGUUUGCCAUAGAGGACAAAGUAAAUGGACAACUGGGUGAACACUGCGUUCUAGGAGCUCAGAUGUUUUUCUGAAACGGUAUGACUAGACACCAUCACCAGUGAUUGACAUUCAUUGAACAUCUCAUUGGUGCAGAGAUUAGGCACUGGUGAAGCUUGUAUCUGGUGAUAACAUUUAAUUGUCAAAAAGAAAUACAUAGGGAUUAAACCAAGAAAAAGGUUAGCGCAUAGACGGCCAGGAACAAGGGGAGUCCAUAGGGAGCCCGAGUAGGCACAAGGACUGUGGCUCAUGUGUUUGUAGGGUGAGGGUCUCUGCACCAUCUCAGCUACUCAUCAGAUACUGAUGCAUCCAGUCUCUAGGAUUGUUCUGAGGCUUGGUUCACGCCUAACAUUUGUGGAGUUGGGGCCAGAAUACAAAACGGGCUCCUGAUUCUUUCUUCAACCGGUCUCUUCUCAUCCCUGCUCUUGACUCUCACAGUGAGGCAUGAGGAGGCUUACACGCAAGCACAUGGUGAACACCCCAGUAUGCAUGGCCAAGUUCUGUCCAAACCCUCGUCCCCCACAUCACCCCAUGGCCACCCCUCUGGCCUAGGCCUGUGCCUAUAUAUGGGCUCAUCGUCAGUAGGAGGGAUCUGGGGAAGAAGCCACGUAGGCCUUGGAAGCCAUUUGGACAGGAAAUUACGGGGUUUCGGGUACCUGGAACAAAUCAAGAGGGGAAAGCCUCAGCUCACGAUGGGUAUGUCCCCUUGGCUCAAUGAACUUCUCACCCCAUAGGGAGAGGUGCAGGUAGAGAACCUCUGAAACUGUGGGGCUCAGGCUAGGGGCUUAGUUUCUCUGGGUCUAAGGGUGGUAUUGCUUCCACCUCUCAGCCGUUCUGGCUUGGACCAGUUAGGCUUCUCCUUAAAUUUUGCUCUUCCUUCUUAUGUUUCCAGCUUAUGAAGCAUAGAAUCUUUGAAAGUAGACACAAAACCUCAUGGAUGUGGCUAUCAGCCAAUGAGAUAAUAUACAGAAGAACACUUUCUACCACACAAGUAACCAAAAGAGUGGACUGUGUGUAGUGUGCCUAGACAAGAAAAACUUGUUACCUUGGCUUAUGUAUCUAGAAACCUCACCAUCUUCCUUUUUCAUUAUUCUUUGUACAAAUUAUUCCCUUACACCUCUUAGCAGUACUACAUGCAUUAUGUUCUUAACAACAGGUUGGUACAACAAAUUUGGUGGUGGAAGCAUAAAAGGAAAUGGUAGAUCAGUCUCCAGUCGGAAGAUGAGCUCAGGGUUUUAGAAACUUCCAAAUCAAAGCAUCUUUGUGAUUAUGGAUGUAUUGACCAUCUUCCUAUACCUGUUUCCAGCCAGCAUGAACCUGGGCAAUGUGAUAUUUUUUUCUCAAUCUUUUUUUCUCUCUUAUGAGUGUGUACAGCUAUAGAAUUGACUUGUCCUUUUCUUCUCAAAUAAUUCUAGAGCAGCACAGUUAUGAUGUAUUUAAGUGACACCUGUAUGGAGUUUCCCCCUCCAAAUAUAGUUAACUAUUUUUGGCAGCAAAGUUUAUUUUUUUAUAAUUAUUUUAUUUCCCUGGAAGAUACAUUUCAAAAAUCUAUUUCCCCCCAUUCAUCAUCCAGCAGGUAUGCCCUAAAGUUUAAUCGCAAUAACCACAGAGAAUAAAAACCAAUUAAAAUAGUAGCCUAAAUCUGACAUGCCUUGGAAGACAAUUCUUACUCUUUAUAAAACCAUAUAUUGCAUUAUAAAAUUAGGAAAGUUAGGUUUUAGACUAAAAAAUAAUAAAAUGAUAUAAUUUGUUGUCAGUAUGUUAACCUUUUCCAUUAGGAAUUCUAAACAACAUUUGGCUAUAUUAAACAGGAGCUUUUUAUAUGUGACAACCAAACCUCUUUCUGCUUUUCAACCUAAACUGAGUCAAUUUUUCACUCAUUUAUCUAUAAUAUUUGUAGAUAUUGUGUCUGCUUGUGAUUUUUUAGUGAAUGAAAUUGUAGUGUUGUUAU